GUUUAAUAAAUGAGUUAUUUUUUCGGGAGUUGGUAAAACUUUUUGUCUGUCACUGUCAAAGUGUCAAUGUCAAACACUUCUAUCAGCUGUCAAGUCAACUAAGAUCAGGCAGGAAGUGCCAUCGAAUAGCAAUACAUGAGCAAUUUAUUUUGAUUUUGUAUUUAAAUGAAGAAAAAGUCGACAUGGAAAACAACUGAGCUUAACAUUUUAUGAGAAGAUAAAUAUCAGCGAUACGUUUCCCAUAUUUGGAACAACAGUCAACUAAAGUAGCGAUUACCAGUGGCCGCCCCUCUAAUUGCGUUUUAUAUAAAUAUUUACUGUGUACCCAGUAAUUAGCUAUAUUGAAUGUAAAAACAGAAUAGUUAAAAUAUUUUGUUGUGGAUGGUGUUAUAAUAACUGGAUAACUUCAAUGGGAGACAUUCACUUAACGACGAAGCCCGAAGACAUGGCAGAAACAUUGGACCCACUCUCCCCGAGUGUGAACUCAACUCGACCACCAGGACUGAUGCAUAAACUGAGGAUGAGAUUUGGUCGGGGGAGCCCUGUCAACCGGUCUGCUGGCGAAGGUUAUGUGGAGUUCGGAGAGUUCCGAGCAGAGAGGCCUGGCGUCAAGAAGGUUGGCACCUUCGCUGGGGUGUUCUGUCCCGUAGUGCUGUCCAUGUUUAGCGCCUUGAUAUUUAUUCGUAUGGGUUAUUUGGUAGGUAACGCGGGAUUGAUUGUGACGCUCGGGCAGUUCGGCCUGGCGUAUUUGAUCGUCGUGUUCACGGUGACUUCCAUCUGCGCCAUCUCUACCAAUGGGGCGGUGGAGGGGGGUGGGGUGUAUUUUAUGAUAAGUAGAACCCUGGGACCAGAGUUCGGUGGUGCCAUUGGAACGCUAUUUUUCUUUGCAAACGUAGCGUCUAGUGCUCUCUGCAUUUCGGCCUGCACUGAAGCAAUGGUAGAGAACUUUGGACCUAAUGGAUACCUGGUGGGCGGGGCGACAGGGUUGCCCGACAGCUGGUGGUGGCGGUUCUCCUACCGUUCCAUGCUGAAUGCGGCGGGUCUGGCCGUCUCUUUGGCCGGGGCGGCGUUAUUCGCCCGCACCAGCCUCGCUAUAUGGCUGACGAUGCUCGUGUGCUUGGCCAGCGCCUUCGUCAGUUUCUUGGUGACGCCGCCGUCUGAGAUCGACAAGCCAGACACCAAUCUCCUUGUAAACACAACCAAGUUUAAUUACACCGGUCUCAGCAGUGUGACGUUUGCUGAGAAUCUGUAUCCGGAUUACGGACGGGACUAUACCACGAGUGACGGGACUAUGGUGGACUUCGCGUCGGUGUUCGGGGUUCUGUUCACGGGCGUGACGGGUGUGAUGGCCGGAGCUAAUAUGAGCGGUGAACUGAAAAAUCCAGCAAAAAGUAUACCCAUGGGCACACUAACAGCUCUGCUAUUCACUGCGAUAUCUUACGUGGCGCUAAGUUUUCUAACUGCGGCGACUUGCACAAGAGAUUUGUUGAGAAACAACUACGUUUAUUUGCUACCUAUAAACGUUUGGCCGCCUUUCAUAGCUGUGGGUAUGCUAAUGGCAACUUUCUCUGCUGGAUUGUCAAACCUCAUAGGGGCGUCGAGAGUUUUAGAAGCGCUGGCGAAAGACAAUAUAUUCGGUUUCCUCCUAAAGCCAAUGGUGUCCCAUUCCGGUAAUCCAGUGCUGGCCGUCCUCACCUCUUGGCUGUUGGUGCAGAUCGGAAUUAUGGCCGGGUCUCUGAAUGCCAUCGCUCAGGUGAAUUCAGUGCUGUUCAUGACGAGUUACUUCGCCAUCAACUUGGCUUGUUUGGGUCUUGAUCUGGCGUCAGCACCUAACUUCAGGCCUACGUUCAAGCAUUUCUCGUGGCUGAGCUCCCUGCUAGGGCUGCUAGGUUGCGCCGCGCUAAUGUUUGCUCUCCGGCCUCUAUACGCGUUGGGGGCAGCCCUAGCGUGCUGCAGUUUGGUGGUAGCCCUGCAUUUGUUGUCUCCAGCCGCUGCAGAACCGAAAUGGGGGAGUUUAAGUCAAGCUCUUAUAUUCCAUCAGGUCCGCAAGUAUCUGCUACUGCUGGACCCUCGUCGCGAACACGUGAAGUUCUGGAGACCGCAGAUGUUGUUGCUGAUUGCAUCGCCUAGGCAGGCCGCGCCGCUUAUAGACUUCGUUAACGAUCAGAAAAAGGGCGGGUUAUUCGUGUUGGGCCACGUAAGAGAAGGCCAACUGGACGGAAGUGGAGACCCUUUAGCCGAAGAGCACAAGUACUGGCUUAAGCUCAUUGAUCAUCUCAAGGUGAAAGCGUUCGUAGAGCUAUGCCUAGCGGAGUCCGUCAGAAGUGGUGCCGCCCAUUUGACCAGAUUGUCUGGUUUGGGCGCCAUGAAGCCGGACACCGUACUGCUGGGCUUCAGGGACGGAGAGCAGCCAAAUGAUUUCUUCAGAGAUCCCAUCUCCCCGUACAAGACCGAGGCUUUCGAUUUAGACAGCGGCGAGGUGGUAUUCCCCGUCCGAAGGGCUACGGACGCGAGAAUCUCGCCCGCCGCCUACGUCCGAAUCAUUUCCGAUGUGCUCUGCGUUAACAAGAAUAUAUGCCUGUGUCGAGGAUUCCAUAGACUGGACAUGGCUGCUGUUGAACGCAAAUCGCCUAACCUCAAGUACAUAGACGUGUGGUUAGUGGAGGCGCUAGCGCCAUCUAGCGAGGAAGCAUUCACCGUACGAGCUUUAUUCACGCUGCAAUUGGCGGCCGUAGUUCGUUCAGCGAGAGGCUGGCAACAUUUACGCCUACGGGCACAUUUAGCACCGCCCACUAUUAAUGAUGUGAGUCAGUCUCUAACGUCAGAGACUUCGUCAGUGCCUCGCGUGCAAGGAGCCACGGCACAACAGAGGCUGGAUGAAAUGCUCAAACUGCUUAGAAUAGACGCCACCACUUAUACGGUGACAGAAUGGCCGGCCCUACAGGAGUCCAAAUGGACAACCGACAGUGAUUCCGACGAAAGCAACGUGUACCAACGAGUGCCGUUGAGCUAUUUACAAACCGUGAAUAAUAUAAUAAAGCAUCGUUGCGCCGACGGCACCGCAGUGACGUUCGUGCAAUUACCUCCACCACCACCCGCGGCAGCUUCAGACGCCGUCUGCGAACAAUAUUUAAAGAUUUUAGACGAAUUCACGAAAGAUCUCUCUCCAACCAUACUAGUAAGGGGGCUCAAGUCGGUCACAUCUACUGCACUUUGAUGUAAAUUACUCAGUAGGAACUAUUUUAUAUGUAAUGACUAUUUAAUUUACGACCCUAAUCUUAUAACAAUAAGGUUUAAAGUAAGUAAAUUAUUGCACUUUGGAUUCUUAUGACAAAUAAAGCUUAUUAAUUUAUGGGUAAUGCUUAAAUUACAAUUUUAUAGCUUGAUAUUUAUAUUUAAAUCAUCAUCGUGCUGCCUCUAUUACUCGUCUCUGAGAGUAAAAGGGUAAAUAUUUCAAUAAUACUCUCCGUUACUUUUGUUAUGGAUUUUUUUAUUAAUAUUUGGGAUAAUGAUACAAAAAGAAGUAUUUUUAAUCAUAUGAUUCAACUGAGAAAUUAUCAAUCCUAUAAAGAAGUUAAGAAUAUAUAAUUAUACAUACUUAGGUGAUUUUAUUAAUGACCAAUUUUAUAACUGAUAUUGUUUUAACACUUUGACGCUUGUAUUUUAUUAUUUUAAUUUUACUCAGUAUUAUUAUAAAAUUUAACAUAGAUUCUUAGCGACAAUAGUUUGGCACAGCAAACUUGUUGAAACAACAACUUGUUGACCCUUUGAUGAGCACAUUCAGUGCAAAAUUAUGUUUUUUUAUCAUAAUUUGAAGACUAUCUACAUUGGGAUUAAUACGCCAUCACCCAUACUUACAGAUGUCAAUUUAAUUUAAUGCUUCAUUAAUACAGUGUUCUAUAAUUAUAUUCAUUCUUCUGUUAUUGUUUUCGCAACAUUCAAAAUAAUAAAAUACUUUACUUGUCAUGUAGUAUGGGUUUAUAUAAAUUGUAUAUAACUGAAUAUACCUUUAUAACUGUCGCAUCACCAAUUUUAAUCAAGCUUAAAAGUUAGUUGACAUCUCAGAAUGGGGCCCAAUUAAUAUAAGUUAACUUUAUGCCUUAUUUACAUAACAGUAAGGUGAUAAUGCAGAUUCAAGUAUACUUGUCUAUCAAAGACGUGCAAAAUCAGUUAGUAUCAUUUUUAUUUUUUUACGAAUAAAAAAGUGACUUAGAAAUAUGACGUUGUCCUAUGAAGUUUUUGUAGUAAUAAUUGUGAUAAUAUAACGACAGGUUCUUCUACCUACAUUGACGUAUAAAAAUAAGUAAAUUCCUAAUCGCCUGAAAAAAGUGCAUUAAUAACGUCCGAGCGGCGUGACGCUGUGUGUUAUACAUCAACUUAUAAAGAUUAUAAUGCCCUUGAUUGUAUUUUCUAAACUGAAAAUUAAA